GGUGCUCACCCACGGUGUGAUAUUUCAGUGUCUGAGAAGCAGAGAGCAAAGCAGAAGUGAUCAACCAUAACCUUACCUCCCAGCCCAUCAGAUCCAAGUUUCAGGAAAGAAAAAGGCAUAAAUGAUCAAACAAAGGAAUUAUUUCAAAGAGGAAUCGUAAGGCAAAAGUCUCUCUUGAAUGUAAAGGUACUCCAAGUUCUCACACUGGUGUUUUGUCUUUGAAAAGAAGAACUAAACUUUUAAAGCCAGAAGGUGCUUUUCAGAGAAGAUAAACAGGGAGGGAGAGGAGCUGGAGGGGAUAAACUAAAAUAACAAAAGCAGUGAUGAAGGACUCAACCCCGUGUGGUUUCUGAGAGCAGUGUGGAAAUGUUUGCUGUUGAAAGCCCACAAGCAGUCACUGCUCUGACUUUUGGCUAAACUGAGUAAUUUCUGUGAGGAAGAAGCAACCCUGAAACUUUCUGUGGCUCUGGGCUGACUGAGAAGGGAGAGGGGCCUGUCAGGAGGAUGGGAUGGAUCCAGGAUGGAUGUGGCUCCUGGUGCAGGAGUGGUGCAGGCAGAGGAGGGGCUGCAGUGCAGGGGCUGGUGAGGAGGAGUGACUGAAGUGGGGUGAGGAGCAGGGCACUGAGUUCUGCUGCCUGUCCAUGAUCAGCUCCUCAGUCCUGGUGCACUUCAGACCUUGUCCUAAGCAGGAGUAACAGCACUUUUCCAUAUGUGAUGUUUAGUGAAGCACCUGGAAGGAGAGGGAGUUGUACCAGCUCAGUUUGGACUCGAUGCUGUGGGUCCCUUCCAACUCAGAGUACUCUGUGAUUCUGUCACCCCCAUGGCCCUGGUGUAGCCGCCUGGGAGGAGUUCCUGCACUCUGUAAAUCACCACCAAGGACAUUGCCCCAGACUGGGAUCUGCCUUAGAGGCUCUUGCUGUUGACUUCAAACACACACUUUGGGACAGCUCCUGCCUCGCAGUCCCCUCCUCACUGCUGCUGAACACCUGGGGAUGCCCAGCAGACGAGCCCCAGGCACCGUUCCCGUGUGAGGAUCCGGGACUGGAAGUCACCACGGGGGAUCUGUAGAAGACGGAGCCUUGGAAGAGACGUGGGGCCUCCCUGGAUGUAGGAGAGGUCCAGGACAGCAAGGAGAGCAGGGAGCCCUCAGCAGCGCCAGCCCGGUGCGAUGCGAUGCUCCCUGAAGCGCUGCCUCACCGCCGUGCUCGCAGCCUCCUUCCUCCUCCUCCUCCUCCUCCUCCAUGGGGGCAGCCAGCAGGAACAGGAUCCCCUGGAGGUGGAUCUGAGGGGCCUGAGCCCUGACACGAUCCUGCAGCUGCUGCGGCCAGGAGGAGCCCAGCACAUCCUCAGGGACAUGGACGAGCUCUCCCCACUCCACAACAUCUCCUACCAUGUCCUGGCUGGUUCCCUGGCACCCCAAAAAAAAUUCCUGGCGGUGGGAUUGGCAUCGGUGCGGCGGCCGCGUGGCUUCUACCUGCCGGCCACGCUGCAGUCCCUGUUCAGCCAGUCCACGGAGGAGGAGCUGCGGGAGAUGGUGGUGGUGGUGCACCUGGCCGAUGCGGAUCCCGGCUGGAACGCGCGCGUCGCCCUCAGCAUCGCCCAGAAGUUCGCUCGCCACAUCCUCCUGGGCCGGCUGCUGCUCAUCCACGCCCCCCACGAGCUCUACCCCACCCUGGAAGGGCUCAAGAGGAACUUCAACGACCCCGAGGAGCGGGUGAGGUUCCGCUCCAAGCAGAACGUGGACUACGCCUUCCUGCUCGCCUUCGCCGCCAACCUCUCCUCCUACUACCUGAUGAUCGAGGACGACGUGUGGUGCGCCCGCUCCUUCCUGACGGCCAUCCGCAAGGCUCUGGCCUCCCAGGAGGGCUCCAACUGGGCCACCCUGGAGUUCUCCAAGCUAGGCUACAUCGGGAAGCUCUACCGCUCCAGCGACCUCCCUCGCCUGGCUCACUUCCUCCUCCUCUUCUACCAGGAGAUGCCCUGUGACUGGCUGCUCGUGCACUUCCGCCACCUGCUCACCCAGAAGGACGUCAUCCGCUUCAAGCCGUCCCUCUUCCAGCACAUGGGCCUCUACUCCUCCUUCCAGGGCACCGUCAACCGGCUGGAGGACGACGAUUUCCAGGCCGAUGCCUUGGACGUUCCGGACAACCCUCCGGCGUCCUUGUACACCAGCAUGGCCGUCUUCGAGCACUACGAGCCCCUCAAGGCCUACAGCUCGGCAGAGGGCUAUUUCUGGGGGAAGGACCCAGCAGCCGGCAGCAUCUUCUCCGUGGUGUUCCGGCAGCCGGCCCUCGUCAGCCGCGUGCGGGUGCUGACGGGCUCCCAGGAGCGCCGCAGUGACUUCCUGCGCGCGGGGGUGCUGGAGCUGGGCCGGCGCCGCGACGGCCGCGACUGCUCCACCUACAUCCCGGUGGGAACCUUCGAGAAGGGCACCGUGGACCGGCGGGGGCUGGAGAGGGGCGUCCUCGGCCCCGUGGAGUGCGUGAGGAUCCGGGUAACCCGGGCCCAGAGCGAGUGGCUCAUCAUCCAGAGCAUUGACAUCUGGACCGCGGCGGGCACCUGAGCACGGCUGUCAGGGCACAGAUGGGUUUUGUUCCGAGAGGUCCUUUAUUUUUCUCAUUCCCGUUUUUUGAUAAGGAAUUAAAUUAUUGACUCCUG